AGGCUGAACUCACUUUAACAUUGAUUUUACCAUAACAACUUACCAAUUCAUUUCGUUAACUGCCUAUCCGAUACUUACUUACGCACUUUACCCUAAUAAGUCUCGAUCAAACCUGUAAUUUAUUUGCAAUCAUUGUCGUCUAGAACGCCUCCAUCUUGGGAACCAUUCAAUUAUCCGGUUUUCCCGGCCUCUUCGCUUUCGCCGUCAGCAACGUCCAUACACCUACCGAGUCUCCAACGAUACAAGUGUCCUAGUUUGAAUUAUCUCAUUAUCUCAUCCUACGCGCCCGUUGCUACGAAUAGCGAGGUCUGCUCGUCCCUUUCGGCUCGAUCGCGAAAAAGAACAGAACAGAUCCAUAGUUCAUACCAGCCAUCCCGACACACUCGUCAGGAUGGCCGUCACUUCGAUACAAGACCGCACCUCCGAAUUCCGAUCCGUGCUCACCCAAGUCCAAAGGCGACAGGCUUCAUCCAAGGUCGGCUCUCAGAGGAGAUCUCUCCUGACAGAUUCGCAAAAGGCCGCCGCCAAUGGAGACGCGCAACCACAUCGGAGGUCCGAGUUCGCGAGACGCGCGGCCGAGAUAGGGCGCGGGAUUGCUGCUACAAUGGGGAAGUUAGAAAAGUUGGCGCAGUUAGCAAAGCGCAAGACGUUAUUCGACGACAGACCCGUCGAGAUUAACGAGCUUACUUUUAUAAUAAAACAAGAUCUAUCAUCCUUAAACCAGCAGAUCGGCGGCUUGCAAACGUUAACACGGCAACAACACCCAAGGGCAGAUCAAGAGGGCGAGCACAAUAAGAACAUUGUCUUGAUGUUACAAGGCAAGCUUAGCGAUGUAGGCGCCAACUUCAAGGACGUGCUCGAGGUGCGCACCAAGAACAUCCAGGCAUCCCGGUCGCGAACCGAGAACUUCAUCUCUUCCGUAUCGCAGCACGCGCAGUCUUCCUCGCUCCAGCAACAAUCCGCCUCUCCCUUAUACGGGACACCCAACCGAGGCACGCCGUCACCCGGCGCGGACUUAUUAACGCUCAACCCGCCCGCGGCAAUGGGCGACCAGCAGAUGCUUUUAAUGGAGGAGGCGGCGCCGCAGAACUCGUACAUCCAACAACGAGGCGAGGCCAUCGAGGCCAUCGAGAAGACUAUUGGCGAGCUCGGAUCGAUAUUCGGGCAGCUGGCGCAGAUGGUGUCGGAGCAGAGCGAGAUGAUCCAGCGCAUCGACGCGAACACCGAGGACGUGGUCGACAACGUGCAGGGCGCGCAGAGGGAGCUGCUGAAGUAUUGGGCUCGCGCUUCGAGUAAUCGAUGGUUGAUUGCUAAGAUGUUUGGCGUUUUGAUGAUAUUUUUCUUGUGGGUCCUCCGUCUCCUUUUCUCAGCAUUUCUUCCUUCAAUUCUUCCUACCACCCUUUGAAAUAUGUACUGGUUUCGCUGACUAGGAAUAGGUUAUGGGUCCUCAUCGCUGGUUAAGCGGAGGAGACGAGAAAAUAAGACACGAGAUGAGAUUUGUUAGUAGACGCUGGUGUACUACUAUUACGAUUCUUCAGUUUGUACAUUAUUACGCCAUCCACCCCUGGCCGAGGGACCUAUGGUAGUUGGGCUACACGUACUAGAUUUUAAUGACAUGCAUGGCGGCGACCUGUUUGUAUGCGUACCACACCCUAUAAAGUAUUGGUUCUUGC